AUGUUUAAAACUACAUUCCACCAGUAUGCCGAAUCAAUGACUAAUCAUCUGGUGGAGAAUGACUCUCCUGAUACUUCAUUUCCCAGAAUUGAAGAUGUUUUAGAGGAUGAUUUAAAUUUAUGUCUUAUCAAUAGUGAUUCCCAAGAAUGUAAUCAAAAUUUAUCAACCUACAUAAAGACCGUUGUAGAUAUAAUAGGAUCUAAAUCUGAUGCCACAUAUCAUGAAUUAUCAGUAUAUGCUAUGAGAUUGCUCACACUGAAUCUAUUUGUUAAGAAUUAUCAAAUGUGUUUGGGGAAAUUUCUCGGAUUGAUCAAAGUAUUCACUGACGUAAAAGCAUUUGAAAAUGAAUCUGAUGAAUGUAAGACCACAGAAACUGACGAGAAAAUGAAAGAAUUUAUUUGCAUUGUAUUAUAUUUACUUCUUAAAGUCAACAAUGGCGAAGAAUAUGAUGAAGAUUUUAAAGAUUUGUUAAACAAUAUUGAAAAGCCUCAGCUUUAUCACCAUCUUAAGAGUUUAAAUUUCAUUACUUUAAUAGCCAAUUUCAUUGUUAGUCACAUUGAUGGUGAGGACAAUUGUUUCAUAUUAAUAAAGUUUUGUGGAGAUAUAAUAUUCCAGUACCUAUUCUAUGUUGAAUUAUUAUCAGAUGAAGAGUUUGAAAACAUCGUUUCUCAUACUAAUUUGAUUCAUUUGCUAGUGAGGAACCUUCUCAAUAAUCAUGAAACUUCAAAUCAAAGUGAUGAUUGGGCUGAUGAAGACAACCUUAUAGCUUAUGAAGAGUUCAAAUUACUUUUGUUGAUUAAUGAACAAUAUCUUAUGAAAUCUUACACUUGUUCCACCAGGAAUAAGGUGUUUGAUGAACUAAUGACCGAAGAUUUGAGUGAAAGCUCAGAAUCAAUUAAAUCCAAGAUCUCGGGGUUUAUGAAUCUUCUUUUAUUCCAUUUGAAUAGAGAAGAAUCUCAAAUUAUCAAAAUUUUAAUCUUGAAGUUCUUAUAUUUAGUAUUUACAUCAUCAUAUACUUCCAAACUAUAUUAUUUGAAUGAUUUAAAAAUCUUGGUAGACAUAUUUGUUAGGGAAUUGAAUGAUUUGCCAUUCUUGGAAGAAGUUCAUAAAUCAAAUAGACCAUUAGUCCUAACAUAUUUGAAAGUCAUGUAUCCUAUGAUGAUGUUCUCACAAUUGAAUGAUUUGAAUGAAAGUUAUAAGAAAGAUGAAAUAGUUGAAAUGCUCAGCAAUUUCACUAUCUUACAGUCCGAUUCCGAUAAAAAUCUCAACACCAUAUCCGAUUUAGCAAAUAAAUGUCUAACUAUACCUUGGCUUAAGAAGAAGAAGAAAGUUUAUAACCAUAAUAAUUCAUCAGCAUCAUCAUUAUCAUCAACUCCUUUAACCACACCUUCAAGUACACCGCAACAACUUCAUGCUUCAAUUUAUGAAAAACCUAAUGAUUCCAAUGAUUCCAUAGCUCAUUCUUUUACUAGAGUGGCGUCCACAAGAACCUUUAGUAAUAAUGAUUACCAUUUGCAUACCACUGUUCACAAUACCAAUCCUAUCAAUGAACUAUCAGAUCUAACUAUUGAUCCAAGUAAACUUGAAAGGAGAAAAUCUAAUAUUUUGGAUCUCCCUAAUGAAUACUUACAACGACGGACCCCGAAAAAUCAAUUAGCUCAGAAAGCAAUGAAGAAGAAGGCUCCUCCACCACCACCAUCACCUAUUAACUUUGGCAGUCAAACGUCAUCUCCAGCAUCAUCACCCAUCAUAUCUCGAAUGUCUACCCCAGGAAGAGCUCCACCUCCACCUCCACCUCCUAGAAGGAGAAAAGUUAAUAUGCAUUCAAAAUAA